UGUUCAUUAACAAGAAAAAGAACAGAAAAAAGUGGCCAUUGGCAGCCUGUAUUCCCAUCAUCAUUAUUUUCCUCAUUAACCAAACACAAACAUAAAAUAACCCCUUUUUCCCUUCUCUCUCUUUUCCCUUUUUCUCUUCAUCAAGAACCCUAAAGCCUAAACCAUCCCAAAUCCAAAAUUCUUUUCCCCUAAAUGUUAAAAACACCCCAUCAAAUCUUAACCUUACCAACUUUACACCCCUCAGUUUCUAAUUCCAUUUUCAAUUCUUUCUAAAAACAACCCCUUUUCUUGUUUUUCUCUAUUUUGGAGAAAAAUGGUGUGAAUUCUUGAUAAAGAUUCAAUUUUGAGACUUGGGUAUUUUUUCUUUUUUGAUUUACUAGUGAGGAAUUUGUUUGGGUGUUGACAAAUUCCUCAAAAGGGAAUUUUGAUUGGGAAAAAAUGGCUAAUUUGGACUUGCAAAUGAAUCCACAAAUGGAACAGAUCCAUGGAGAGAUUCGGGACAAUUUUCGAGCCUUAGCAAAUGGAUUUCAAAAGCUGGAUAAGAUCAAAGAUUCCAACAGACAGAGUAAACAGUUGGAAGAACUUACUGGGAAGAUGAGAGAGUGUAAAAGGUUAAUUAAAGAGUUUGAUCGUGAAAUUAAAGACGAGGAGACUAGAAACCCUCCUGAGGUCAACAAACAACUCAACGAUGAGAAGCAAUCAAUGAUCAAGGAGCUAAACUCAUAUGUGGCCUUGAGAAAAACGUAUAUGAGCAGUCUAGGCAAUAAGAGGGUUGAACUAUUUGAUAUGGGAGCAGGUGGAAGUGAACCAACGGCAGAGGAAAAUGUCCAAAUGGCAUCAGCAAUGUCAAAUCAGGAGCUAAUCAGUGCUGGAAAUAAGACAAUGGAUGAAACUGAUCAAGCCAUUGAACGCUCCAAACAGGUUGUCCAUCAAACACUUGAAGUGGGAACACAAACUGCUACUACCUUGAAAGGCCAAACUGAUCAAAUGGGUCGUGUUGUCAAUGAGCUCGACACUAUACAAUUCUCCAUCAAAAAAGCAUCGCAGCUUGUCAAGGAAAUUGGACGGCAGGUUGCCACGGAUAAAUGCAUCAUGCUUUUCCUCUUCCUCAUUGUCUGUGGUGUAAUUGCCAUAAUUGUUGUCAAGGUUGUGCAUCCUAACAACAAGGAUAUAAGGGAUAUCCCUGGACUGGCUCCUCCAGCGCCGUCAAGGAGAUUGCUAUAUCUAAAGCCUGGACAAGAUUUCAUGUAAAUCUGUAAGGUCGACGGAUCCAUCCAAUUUUCUAUAUGGUGCCACUGUAAAGAAGUAUCAGAGGAAUGCUAUUCAUGGAGAGCUGUUCGUUUACUGUGAUCUCCUUGCCUGAGUUGUGCAUACCGUAUUUGUUCUGUUGUGCAUUUCUUUUCUUUCCUUUUCCUUUUUCUAUCAUGUAAAUUAUACACUAUAUUUGUCUUGUAUUCACUUUUUUUUUGCAUUUUAUGGUGCAUUGGAUUCAUUUAUAAACUCUCGAGUGUAGACUAGUUGCAUGGAGACAAAGAAGUACUAUUGAUAUGCUAUUUCAUCAUGUAUGUAUGUCCAACUAUGCUGUUUUGAGGUCGAAUUACACGAUCAUGUGAACGAAUUUCGGUUAUUGCGUUAAUCUUUU